AUGACAGCAGACAGAAAAUUUAACCGAGACGGUGACCUCGGACGAAUAAAAUACCGACUACUGAAUCUCGAGCUGGAAAACGUAACAGGCUAUGGCCAGUUCGUCAACGUCGCCAAUUCUCUACGAAAAAUCUCCAUCAGCCUUGAACAGAUCGAUGAUCGCGCCGUGCUAUUCGUGGACACAUGUCUGCUUUGGUUCACGAGAAUAAUGCAGUAUGCUAAGAAGGUUGGUGAAGCGCCGCGGUGGCGCCCCUUGGAGAUGUUCCUUAGGAGCGUCUUUACGUAUGUAACUGGAAUGCACCAUAGUAGUCUGGGUGCGUUUUCCAACGCCUUGGGAUUGUUGUUGAAAAAGCUUCUUCAAUUUGUAGACACGCUCCAAUGUGACGAUGCGAAUCUUUUACCGUGGAUUUCAUGUAUUUACAAGAGGCCGUUGCAACAGAAGAGCUUCUUCGUGCUCCUAGAGGCCUUAAUCAAGUAUGUGCCGCGCACCGCCAAGAUCAUCAGUAACAAUCGGGAGUUCCAUAUUGUUCGCAUCUGUCUCGAUGCCAUGAAGUUCAAUUCGUUGGCCAAUUCUGCCAGUAAGCUCUUGGCGUUGCACCUUCAUCGGGUUCGUGAUCCAAACUAUGGGCUGUACUUGAUCACAUGGCUUCCUGCGCUAGACAAACACCUUCUUGAUGAUGUGAUGCGGGCUAACAUCGUCACUCACUUGCUUCCUACGCUCUUCAGAGACGUCUGUGACCUAUACUUGGACUGGCUCCGGAGUCUAGACGUCGAGACGAAGAUCCUUGACCAGCCUCAGGUCAUGCUUCCGUUGCUUCGCGCAGGUAUGGAGAUAUCGCGCGCGAACGAUCCAUUCGAGAAUAAGAUCGUGCUGGAGUCUCUGAUUGAGAGGCUUCUCUGUCAUUCAGAUAGAAAUACUCGUCUAGAUGCUUUCGCCUUUGUAUGCGCAACCGCAACAAACAAUACUCUUCCACCUCCAUUUGUUCGUAAGAUCUUGAGGUGCGAGGUCUCUUUGAGAUUCGUCACGCGAGAGUUGUUGUCUCCUCAGGAUAGAACCGUGUUUGUCACCAACCUCCGAAAUGCAUUGAAUAAACUACGAGGUUUCACAGAAAAACAAGCCAAAAAACCAUCUGAAGAAAUGAAGGCCCAAAUAGUCGAAGCCACCGAGAUUUGUGAGCAAGUCUUUCUUAUCAUGUGCAAAUUGCUUGUCCCGGAUUCGUCAUACGCUCAGUUAUCUUGUGCCACAGAGAUUUUAUAUUUCAUAAUCAUAGAUGAGUUUGACGGUGUUAAAAGGUCCGCAAAGCUGAAAAACUCGAGCUCUGCAGGCUCCAAAAUGUUCCACAUAUUCUUGGAUGAUCUUGUGCGUCUUCUCUUGCGAUUGACUACAAACAACUACGAUGACAUACGGCGCAAAUGCUCUCAAAUGCUCGAUUUUUGUCCGGCUGAACAGCUUUGCCAUAUCAUCUCCGAAAACCCGUUACAAAACUCAUUGUACCUUCUAACCGAAUCCAAGCACGGUAGUUCCGACUCAUACGCAUUAUUGUUCCUGACUAUUGCCACUGCCUAUUUGAAGUAUGACUUUGAACUGUUUAAAUUGUUGCUCGAAAUGCUUGUGGACUUCCUCGAGUCGUCAAAGUCAAGCGGCCAGCAUAUCUGUGGCUCUUUGGCCUCAAUUUCCGCUAUUUUGUCUGUGACAAACAAGUACAUCCUCAUCAAUCGGAAGAAUUUGAGCAAAGAUGCCAUUGACAGGUAUGUCCUUACCAUGAAAGCUACUGCUGAUAGACUUGUGAAAUUCACAACCAGUGAAUGGCGAGAGGUAUCCGCCAAAUUGUCACUCAAUGGAGAGCCACAGGAAGCGGACGACUCGUAUUGGAAGACGCUCAAGGAAUCAGCUCUUCUUAUCGAGACGCUUUUGGAUAUCACAGUCCCUGAGGCUCUCGUAUCGAAGGACAUAGUGGUAGAUAUUGGUAUUGACUUGAUGGAACAACUUUCGACUGUGUCGCAUCGUGGCUCUUUUUCAGCAGCAUUGCAAGCUUUUAUCAAGUGCUGUUCUGUUUGUUUUGCAAGUGAAUAUUGCGAAAAACCCUCACAAUGGCUACAGUAUAAUUUGUCAUUAAUUGAAACAAAGAGACAGCUUAUCACCAGAAGAUCAGCGGGUUUACCUUAUUUGAUAAGUGGUAUUUUGAUUGCUACCGUGCCUCAAAGAGAGAAGAUCAAAAACUUCAUGGAAAUUGCUGUGAAACAGCUCAUCUCGACUUCUGUUAAAAAAAGUGGCGAUUCGGAGGAAACCGUGCUUGACCUUCCACAAGUGAAUGCAUUCAAUUGUUUAACCCAAAUAUUCAAAGAAUCUGUUCUCAAACCAUACUACCAAGAAUACAUUGCUGACGCUCUCGAUGCCGCAUUGCAAAGAGUCGAUCACCCUACCUGGGCUAUCAAAAAUAGUGCACUCAUGUUGUUCACUGCACUUUACAACAGCUUCUUUGGCUCAAACCAAUUAGAUAAAACCCAGCCUAGUAUCAGCGUGGACCUCUUUUUUUCACAAUUUCCAAAGGUUCAAGUAAUACUUCGAUCUCAUCUUCAGGAAAAGUCAAUAGAUAAAGCCAUACCGAUUUUAUCUAUGCUCAGUCGUUUGCAUGCUUCUCCAGACUCGAGAGUGAAUUUGAACCCUUUUAUAGACUCAGUGUCUCAAACAUACCUAGGACAUCUGCUGUGGAAAAUUAGAGAGGCAGCAGCUCUUCUGAUCUGCAGCAUGACAAGACAAGGAGACAUCAUUCGUGAAUUGCAAUCAAUGUUUCCAAGAGCAGCGGAAUUGGGCAACCUCGCUCAUGGCAAGUUGUUGUGUGUUCGCCAGCUUCUUCAACGUCUAGAUUCCAAGGGCAAAGAUGCAGCCGCGUUGGCAGAAGUCACUUCGGCCACUUGGUAUAAUUUCAAUGAUUUGAAAGAUAGAGCUUAUUUGUUUAAGUGGGUCAUGCUCAGAUCGUACUUGAUGGUAGCGAAUGAGCUUCCAUACCCUCCUUUAGGGCUUCAUGUGGUUGAAGAAAGCUUGAAGCAGUGUGCAUUAGAAACGCGAGGUCUUGAUGGUUCCGCCAAUUUGUUUGUCGAAACGGCCGUGAGUGCUCUCUUGAACGGGGCUCGAACGAAAGAUGAGCUAAUCAACACUUCAGUAAGGUUUUUCGGUGCCCAUCAUGAAGGGAUUGUUUUGACAUCUUGCCAAUUCUGGCUUCUGAAGCCGGCUCUAUUCCGAGAGGCAAAAGCGCUACACUAUUGUCUAUUGGAGACUCUCUAUCGACAAGAUUUGCGGUCGUACAUUCAUAAAGAAUUUGUUAAACUUGCACUCGAAGCUAAUUUGGAAGUGCCAAUCAAGAUGGAACGCUACGAUUCUAACGAAGAAAUGCUAUCAUAUAGCCUAUGUCUUCAUGCUGCCAUUAAGGAAAACGACGAAGAGAAAUUCGUUCCUAGUUGUAUGUCACUUAUGCACUGCGAGAAGUCGCAAGAAAUCCGUCUUCAAGCAGUUCGUGCCGCCAAGAAGUACCUUUCGAGAAAUAAUGGGAAGAGCUUUUUGUUGGCCCAACUAGCGUACGAACUCCAUCAAAGUGAAUCUGAUGAGUCUGAAAUAGUCAGAAGAUCUGCGCUUCCUGAGACGGUCAACUUCGAGAUGGAUGUCGUGUGGCCCUUCACGUUCCUUGGGAUUUACGAAGAGGUGGGCAGGAAGGUUUUGUCCGGAGCACUUACUGCGAGCCUUGAAAAAAACAUAGACCAGUUCAAGUUGCAAUUGAGUACUACGCUCUACGAUAUCGAAAAGACAAAUCUAUUCCGCAACGAAGUUUGGGACUUCACCUAUGAUGCAACCGCGCUCUUUUGGAACAUUAAACAUGAGAAGAAUAAUUCUGCCGAAAUAAUUAACGAGAUUCUCCUCUGCAUAUUUAAAGUUGCCCACAUGGUGACUGAACACGAGCACUUACUCCACAUCUGGAGCUACAAUGUGUUUCUAGACACAGCCGUGAAAAAAGUCGCCGUACUCUAUGACGUGGGAAAAGACCACGAACUCAUUCAAUAUGCCUGCAAGCCACUUUUGGCGAAAUUAGAAGCUGCGCACUACCCAUUUUGA